AUGGGAGAUAGAGGAGAAGAGGAGGAAGUCCCUUUAAGGGUGACCAAUAUUGAAUUGACAAAGAUAGUCAGAGAGCAAGCAGCCAAGAACAAAAAGAUGGAGGCUGAGAUAGAGAAGUUGAAGAAGGAAAAGAGUAAGAAGAAGCAAUCAGAGGUCAUCUCAGAUUCAGAUGAAGAGGACCAAGAGGAAGAGAGGUCCAUGGAGGAGCCACAAGGAAGCAUGUCUGAAAGACAAUUCCUAAAUGCACUUGGAAAGUUGAGUAGGAAGGACACUAGGGUGGACUUGCCUAUGUUUCCUGGAAAGAUGAACCCUGAGGAGUGCCUUGAUUGGAUUGAGGCAAUGGAAAACUACUUUGAAUGUGAGGAAGUGGCUGAAAAUCAGAAAGUAAGGAUUGGAAAAUCUAGAAUGAAGGGGGCAGCCCUAAGUUGGUGGAAUUUCAUUCAAAAUGAGAGGAUAGAGGAAGAUAAAAACCCUAUCUCAACAUGGAGGAAGAUGGUGCUUGAAAUCAAGAAACAAUUUGUUCCUGAAGACUAUGAAGCCAAGGUACCUGAAAAUGAAAAACAAAAACUUGCAAGGUAUCUUAAUGGUCUCAAGUUCUCCAUCCAAGAUGAACUAAGUCUCUUUAACCCUGAGACUGUCCAUAAGUGUUUUCAAAUGGCAUUGAGGAUUGAGGAAAAACAGAAAAGAAGACAUGAUGCAAGCAGCAGCAGAGGAAGAGGAAAUCAGAACUUUAGGGGCAGGGGCAGAUUUCAAAACAAAGAUUUUUUUCCUAAAAACUAUGACAGCAGAUCACAAGAGGGCAGCCAAGGACAAGUAGAAAGAAGUAACACCAACCAAAGUCAGUUUAGAGGAAGAGGCAAUGGUAGAGGAAGAGGUGGAGGAAGAGGUUCCAGCAUGUUUACUGGAAGGUGUUUUUCUUGCAAUCAGAUUGGACAUCAGUCCUUUAGGUGUCCUGAAAAGAUGGGAAACACUGCUGCAAAUCAGAAAGAAAGAAGAAUACAACUCCUCAAUGAAGAAGAUUGUCAAAGCACCACCAGUUAUCACACCACCUCCUCUAAGCCAGCAGCACCUGAGAGUGGAGAAUGCCUCAUGUUCAAUAGAUCCCUCAUCAUGCCGUUCACACAAGAGCAGCCCCAAAGAAACAACUUGUUUAGAACCACUUGCAAGGUAAAAGGAAAAGUUUGUAAAGUUAUUGUUGAUUCAGGUUCUUCUGAAAAUUUGGCUUCUAAUGAAAUGGUGAAUAAGUUAGGAUUGGAAAGGAUACCCCAUCCUAAUCCAUAUAGAGUCUUUUGGCUAACCAAGGAACAACAAAUUUUGGUGAAAGAGCAAUGUUGGGUUGAAUUCAAGAUAGGUGAAUAUCAUGACAAGGUUCUUUGUGAGAUAGUAGAUAUGGAUGCAUGCCACCUUCUCCUUGGAAGGCCUUGGCAACAUGACACAAAUGCUCAGCAUGAUGGUAAGAAAAAUGUGAUUUAUUUAACAAAGAAUGGUGAAAUGUUUACUAUGACUCCUUUGAUUGAUGAUUGUAAAGAAAAGGUCAUUUCUAGUUCAGUUAUGUUGAUUGGUGAGAAAGAAUUUUUGGCUAACCUCAAGGAAGAGAAAGUGCCAUGUUUUGCAGUAGUUCUCAAGCUCAAGGAUGUGAAUCCCAAGAAAGCUAAAGGGCAGCAACCUCUUAGGAAGGUUGGACCAAAGGAAGUAGAAGAAAUGUUGGAGAUGUUUCAGGAUGUGAUAGCUAAUGAGGAAAAGGAUGCCCUUCCACCAAAGAGGGAGAUUAGUCAUUGCAUUGAUCUCAUCCCUGGAUCCACCCUACCAAACCAAGCAGCCUACAAGCUUACACCAGAGCAAAAUGAAGAGGUAGCAAGGCAAAUCCAAGACUUGUUGGAUAGAGGGCUUAUAAGGAGGAGUAUUAGCCCAUGCGCAGUACCUGCAUGGCAGCAAGGAAGAACACCUAAUGCAUAUCCAACAGGUACUCAAGAGGCUUCAAGAAGAGAGGUUGAAAAUCAACCUUGA